UCACGCUCGUGAUAUUAUCAAUAAAUAUAUGCAGGGGUGCACACCUUAUUAUAAAACCCUCAUUAGAGAGCUCUCACUCACAGCUUCCCCAUCACGUCUGAUGAUGGCUUCUCUCCAUGUGUUUGUUUGUCUGCUGGGACUGUUUGUCCUAUGUCACUCUGCAUGCUUCUUCCAGGAACUGGUGAUCAAAGAUCCGGAAUCCCCUCCAAAAGGGUGUGUGGAUCAGGAUGGAAAGCAGCAUGAUUUUGGCUCUGACUGGGUGAGCGACUGCAUGGACUGCUCUUGUACGACGGAGGGCAUAAGCUGCUGUAGCAACAUUCCCAGUGAAAGCACAGUAGACAUUCCUGAGGAGUGUGAGUUGGUUGUAAACAAGGAGGCCUGCUCUGCCAAGGUGGUGCUGAAGUCUGACAAGACAAAAGGGUGUAGCCCCAUCUGAACACACUACAAAGUCUAAACUCGGACAAUUGAAGUUCAAACUGGGGAUUUAUGUUCCACAUUUUAUCAACUAGUUGAUAGUGUGUACAUGUAGUAAUCUACCAAUAAACAACAGUCAGCAUUU